AGGGGUCUGGAUUUGCGACACGGGUUUGCUUCCCCCGCGCUCUGGAAACUCCCUGCUCCCCCCAGCCUCCGGCCCAGCUUCCAGCGUACCCUGGCCUGCUUCCAGCCGUGGUGGAGAUACUGAGGCACAGAGCAGCCAAGUGAUGUUCCCAAGACCACGCGGCGUGAAGCAGUGGAGCUGGGAAGGCAACGCAGGAGUCCUGGCACCCUGCCCUGCUUCCUCACCAUUUGUCUGGCUUCUGCUCGCCCAUGGGGGAUGUCACCGCUCCGCUCUCCUGAGCCCUGGCAGGAAACAAGGGACGUAACAGGUGAAUGGAGGCAGCUGGGGGUCAGAGGAUGCCAGCUUCCCACAGAGCCCAGGCGUCCCAGCAACACCCUCCAGGGUUGAGCAGGGGCCGGUCUCCAGCACUGAUUUCCAGAGGCAGCCCCGGACAUCUGGGCCUCCAGCAAGAUCGUGUCGAACCCAGUGACCCCCGUGUACCCCAGCCCCUCUCUGCACCCUCGCUGCUCAGGAUCAGGCUACAUGCCAACUGGGAAUGCUUCACCCUCUCCAGCCGGCUGUGGGAAACUGGAUGAACCAGGCCCCUCUCUGCCCAGCGGGACCGGUUCACGCGGUGGGCAGCCUCAUGUGCUCCGAUGCUGCCCCCCCGUGGCAUCUUGGAGACUCGGAGCCAAGCUGGGAGUUUGGUCUCUCUCUCGCUCGCUCUAGGUUUCAUAUCCAAACAGGACAUGGCAGAUAGCAGAGCCUUUUGGCAGGACAGUCCCUGCCCGUGGCAGGGGGCUGGCUUGGAGCCCUUGUUUGUGCUGUUGUGAUGGAUGAAACGAGCCCACGCUGAGGUUUCUCUCCUGCCUGUGUUUUACAUCCAGCAGAUCAGGUAGGACAAGACCAGUCCGCGGUGGUGCCGGAGCAAUGCGGCUGUGGUGGGCUAGGAACGCACUAGAGGCAGGGGGGUUUAGUGGGCCAUCUCUUCUUUUGCACCCGCUGCGUGGUCAGGAUGAGGCCCUGUCCUGAGGGGGCUCGAAGCCUCCCCCGUCCCCUGCCUGCCCGCUCCCCUAGGGCCCUGGCUGUGAAGCCCUGGGAAGGGGAGUGCAGGUCUGCAGGCAUCGCUGAUUCGUGCUGCUCUCUGCUGGGCUGCGGAGCCACUACAGCACUGAUGCAGCCCGCGCGAUCCUUGCUGGGAGCAGGGCCCUGGGGAGAAAGACCCCUUGGGAGGGACAGCAGGCCUAAGUGGUGUGAAGGGCAGGUGGCGCAGUGGUUAGAGCACUGGGGUCAAGGCCUUUCUCUGCCACAGACUUCCUGGGUGGCCUUGGGCAGGUCCCUUAGGGCUGGCUGUGCAGAGAAGCUCAAAAUUUUCCUCUGGGUGUGCGGUGCUGAAACACUUUGGACUGUGGCCACCCCGUGCCUCGGUUUCCCCCCUGUGCAUAGGGAUAGCAGGGCUUCACUCCUUCCUGGGGCUGGGUCCUUGGCGUGGCCUGCAUCAGACCCGCAAGUUCACGCUUGGCACAAAUACACGCUGAAGCAUGGACACUUCUGGCUGGUCCUGACCACCCGGGGUGGGUCUCACGCCUGCGGCUCUCCAGGCUCCUCUGUGCUUGGACUUCUGCAGCUUGGAGGCCAGUUCAGUCAGUCCCAGGAUAAAAGAGCCCGAUGCUGGGCUGGUGGUGCGCAUGCGGGGCGCUGACCUGGUGCAAGAUGCCUUCAUGCGGGUACAGCCGUGCCCACCCCAAGGGCUGGGCUGGAAACAACACUAGGAGGGGUUAUUGCACCUUCCUCCGUGUGCCAGCCCCGCUGGUGUGUGCCGCAGGCCCCGCGGAGAGCAGCACGGGGAUGUCUCUCGGUGGGGUGACCCCAGACUUGGGCCUGUCUGCUGCUCCCUGACCGGGGCAGGGAGCGGUGACCUCACGGCGAGCGGCACAGUGAUGACGUGAGCGAGGAAGAGGCUUCUCUGGGGUUAGAACAGUGAUGUCACAAUGCGGGCAGCCGGCCUGGCGCCAGGAAGCCGGGGCGCCGCAGCGGAGCGGAGAUGUCUACCCUGCUGGGGACCACCCUGCAGCCGGACUCCCAGCUGCCCAAGGGGAGGAAGGUGAAGAAAGCAGAGAUGAUGAUCAACUGGCGAGACAUCGUGUGCACCCAGGAUGACGGGGACAUGGAGGAGUACGUCUCCAAGGUGUGCACGGGCCAAUUCCUGAACCACUGGGCCUUCAAGCUGAUGCUGGCCGGGCUCAUCGUGAGCAACGUCCUCACCAUCGCCAGCCAGACCGACCCCAAGAUCCAGCAGAACUACUUUGGGUUGUUCUCUGCCAUAGAUAACAUUGUCCUGACUGUCCUUAUCACCGAGGUUCUGCUCAACUGGUACAAAGGAUUUUGGGUGUACUGGAAGGAUGGCUGGAACAUCGUUGACUUCCUCAUCAUGCUGUAUCUCGUCGUGGGGCCAGCUAUCCCUCUGCUGAACGACCAAAAGGUCUUUAAAAUUCUCCGGGUGGUGAGGCUGGUGCAUGUCUGCACGUUGGUCAAAGGCCUGGCCCGGAUGAUCCGAGUGAUCCUGCGCUCCAUCCCAGACAUGUUCAACAUCAUGGUCCUGCUCUUUGUCAUCAUGCUGGUCUUCUCGGUGUUUGGGGUGACACUGUUUGGCAACCUGGUCCCAGAGCACUUCGGGAACCUGGGGAAGGCCUUGUACUCCCUCUUCAUCUGCCUCACGCAGGACGGGUGGAUGAACAUCUAUGAGGACUUCAAGAGCGCAGGGCUGACCUUGAAAGUUGGGGGCACCGUCUACUUCUUCAUCUUCCUCACGGGUGGAGCCUUCAUCUGCACCAACCUGCUGGUGGCUGUUGUGUCUUCGAACCUGGAGCAGAUGCUGGAGGCCUACACCAAGAAGAAAGCCAGAGGCCUCAACCUGGCCAUGGACUCGAGCUUGGAGGCAAAUGGAGGGGACGACGACGUGUCCCCAGAGGUGAACCUAGUGCAUAUGAGAGUGGCCAUGAAGGAUCCUGUCGUGAUGCAGAACCAGGAGCCGUGGACCCAUGGCAACUUGGCUAACCUGACUGAAGCCACCUGUGAUGAUUUCUCCCUUGUCCUCGAAGCCAUCCAGGAGAACCUGAAACAGUACAAAGAGAUCCGGGAUGAGCUGGAUGUAAUAGUCCAGGAAAUGAGGUCCCUCAGAUUCAACCAAGAGCAGGAGCACGAGAUGGUGCUACGAAACAUCCAGAAUGCAAACCUCUCGGAUGAUCUGCUUGGCAACGAGUUGGUUUCUGGGCGGACUGGGGAUAUCUUGUCCACGCUCAUCACUCUGGAUAGGGCCAAGAUGAUUGACUCGGAGCAUGGUAUAGGAUCAAGACAUCACGUAGGGUCCGUGAAGAAGGCCUUCCUGAAGGCACGUCAUCAGUCGCCACCACUACCGUAGCCAGGCUGGAGAAGAACUGCAGAGCUGCUCGCAUGAAUCUCCCCUGGAUUUUCCGACUUCCCCGGGGCGAUGGAUGGGCUCUGACAAGGUGGCGUGGCUGCCUCUGGGACAGUGAAGUGUGGAUGUGGGUAGCAGGGCUGAGCUGCAUGGUGUAGGUACAGGGAGAUACGGACUUUCCCAGGGACAGACCCAGGAGAAGCAGGAGGCUGGGCCUGAUGCUAGCUCUGUCCCGCUUGUCAGGCCCAUUCGGGUGGCUCUGAUGUGGUGCAGGCUGUCUCGUGGAGGGAGCUCCCCAUGGCUUGCACCUCCAAAGCUCUGUUUGGGGGAGGAGAGAGGUGCCCCUUUCCAGAGGAUGCCUUGCAGUCAGCCACCAGCUCGCACCCUUCUUUCCCGUAUGUCUGGCUGCUGGAGAGCUUGCAUGUGUGCAGGUAGAAACGGAGCCCUCCUAGGCAUAAAAGCAGGUGGGUUCCAGAUGAAAUCUUGGGAAUCCCUGCUUCUACCUGGAAGAGGGGCUUGCUUUGGUAGCAGGAGUGGGGGCGGCCUCUCGGUCUGGGGAGUGUUGUGCUGGAGCAGGCGACACGUCCAUCGCGAUGUCCUGGCUGAUACCGUCUUGAGACUCCGCUGGCAGCAACAGGGACGUCCAGGAAGAGUUUGCGCAGCCCCCUCCCUGUGCAAGGGGGAAAGUGCCAGUGAAGUUAUGUCCCUGUGUUAAUAGCUGUUGGCAAGUUCUAGAUCCUGUUCCCUGCCUCAACAGCAUGCACCAGGGUGCGACACAACCCUGGGAGGUGCCGGCAUGUCCUCUGGAAGGCACGCUUGACCUUCGCCUUCCUGAGCUGGGAGAUGCUCUAUCCCACACCUGCAUUUCUGCCCAGCCUAAGAGCCAGCAGCCCUGCCAGAGUACAUCCGAUCCUGUGACUGCGGGGGCAGGCACAGCUAGAGCAAUCAUGUAGGCAUGCUUUACAAUGAACAGUGUCAGGUGAGGUGCUGGUAGGGUGUAUUGGAGAGUAAGACUCGUCAAGAAAUACGUAUCUUGUGUGAAAUGACAGUGAUGAUUGAGCUGAUCUUAGAUCAAUGGUAAUAAAGAGC